GAUGGGCCAGCCAAGGUGCCCAUUUAGAGCCCUACCUGCAAACCGUUCUUGCUUCCUGGGGACCUAGAGCUCCUCUCUCCUGAGCACUAUGAAUCUCCUAAUGCUGACCUGCACUAUCUGUGCACUGCUAAGCCAGAUGGCCCAAGCUGGCUGGGGAGUCAAAAAAUGCUGGAAGAAUGAUGUGGGAUUCUGCCGAAGAAGGUGUCUAGAUGAUGAAAGGUAUAUACGUCUCUGUAAGAACAAGCUAUCAUGCUGCAUUUCCUUAAAAUUCUCGUAUGACAUCACUCGAAGGCCACCACCUGCCACAAUCAACAUAGAAGAUAUCACAGAUGUCAUUGAUUUGGAUCGAUCUAAUUUCCCAGUGUCCAUGAUCAAUGAUGAGGUGACAUUUUUUGGAAAUCCAGAAACCAUGUCUGCUGUUCAGGACAUCUCUUUCCCAGUCACAACACCACAGCUAUUAGGACACCUUACAAACCCUGCUAAUUCUACCAGUCAAAUUUUACCGGAUACAUCCCACUUGAGAACAAAUGAUGAGACAGAUGGAUGA